CUCACCAACAUAAAUUCGCACCUCCCCACUUUUACCUUUUUAGAUUUAAAUUCCGAAAAUUUUACUUCCAAGAAGAGCUGUCAAAACUUGUUGGUGGGGGUGAGAAAUUGGACUCUCUAUUAUUAUUAUUAUUAUUAUUAUUAUUAUUAUUAUUAUUAUUACAAAACGAGUGAACUAAUUUUAGCACCACCAACUCUUUUUUUUUCAAAAGUAAAAUAUACAUUAUAAUUGAGUAAAGUAUUCGGGAUAUAUAAGUCUCCUUAAAAGGCGUCAAAAUACCAAUAACACCGGGGAAAGCCAGCUUAGAAAGAACUACAACCAACUCAGGAAAAAAUUGCUUAUAAAAAAACCAGGAAAAAAAAUCCAAGAGGAAAAGGAAGAAAAAUCUCAAAUCCUAUCAAUAAACCCCCCAAAGAACCCAAACAACCACAAGCCCAAAAGCACCACCCACUUUAUUACUCACACAUCCAUCUAAAAGGAGUUAACUCACUGAAUUAUAAGACAUUAUAGAAUCAUACUUGGUGUUCAUUAAUAUAUAAGACCCCUAUUAGAUUUUAAAAGUUUUUUUUAUGUAUACAUUUGUAUUAUUAUAUUUUUGUAAUUUCAAAAUGUUGAUGAGUAUUAAAUAAACUGCUCUCACAUUAAAUAUUUUAUCCAAACUGUACUUUUGAGAAACAAAAUAAACUAGUAGAAGUGAAAGCAACAAAGUAAUAGUAUAGGCCCACGUGUAGACGUGUAGUGAAUAGUGAUGCGGGUAGAAGAGGUACAAGUACAACCACACAGAUUCAAAAUGCCACAAAAAUAGACAUGUACGUAUCCAACUGCCAACACAUUUGUUAACUGUUAUUUGUCUCUUCUACCUCAAUAUUUCAAAGCUCCUUCAUUUUCUUGCGUUAGUGUUCCCUUUUUUUGUGUCUCAAACCCUCACAACAACAAGGUAUCCUUAUAUUUCUUUGAUGUGUUUACAUGAUUCAGCUCUCAUUGUUAUUCAUUUGUACUUCAAUGAUGUAAGAUCAUUUUAAUGCAACAUGUGAUUUAACCACUUGUGAUUAUUGUUGCUUUAAUUUGAAAGGUCCAACAAUGGGAGGAAUAACAUUACUUCUAGAUCUGUGGAGGAAAAAUCAAAGCUUUAACACAACACAAACAUAUCAAUCUUCUUGGUUUGUUUCUACAUCUGCCACUGUUGCCUCAUUUGCUGCCGGAACCUCUUUGGCCUCAAGGGACUUCUUUGGUUUCAGGACACCAGUUGCUUAUUGUGAUGCUGGAGCGGCAAUUGCUGAAGACUACAUUCCUAGCAUGCCAAGUGUACCAACUGGAAAAUAUUUUUAUCAUGAUUCUCUAAAAUAUAGUAGUACAAAGAGCUACAACAUUGAACUAAAACCACUAUUAUCUGUUUUUGAAUUGAACUCACUUUCACUUAUUACAUUGAGGUCAUUCUUGAUGUUCUAUUUGCCUCUUUUGGAGCCACAUGCAAAGAUGGAGCAAGAUGAUGAUGACUUUAUACAGGACAAUGAAGACGAGCUUCGUCUCAAUCUGGCCGGUCCCUUCAGAAAGUCACUGAUUCAAAUCAUCCGUGAGGUUACAGUUGUGACAACUAGGCGCAUUUUAGAAAGAGUAACUGUCCAUUAUGUUUCAAGAAGAAUGGCAUGGAAGCUACUCAAAGAUGUUACUAAAUCAGCUGCUCGCAAAGCUGGAAGGAGAAUGCCUACUUUAGUUUACUUCUUUUCUGUGAGCAAAGCAACUUUCAGAGGGCACAUGCUUGGAGUUACAGCAUCAUGGGUUGUCCAAGUAGGCAUCAGAUUAUGUCAAUUCUUCACAUCCAUGUCAAAGAAUGAUGUAGGUGAUAUGAACAAAGAUGAGAGAACAAGACUUCUUAGGCAGAAGAUUUUCAUAGCAACAGUUAGGUGCCAUGCAUCUCUGAUUUUUGCUUCUAUUGGGGGAGGGAUUGAGGCUACCCUUUUUCGCCCCGCGACCGGCCAGUGGAUUGGUUGUGCUAUUGGUUAUUUGUCUGGUCCAGUUAUUGUGGCAGUUUGUGCUGACAAAAUUUUUCACUUGAACUUUUAGUAUUAUUUGUUUAUGCAUGUUUUCUUCCAAAUAUACAUAAAGGAAAAUUGUUGCAUUUUUAUGCUGUUUCCGGUUAACGACAAUUUGUCUCAAGGUGCUUAAUCGUUAUCAGAACUGUAACCACAAUUUAAAACAUCA